UUUUUCCCUGUAUCUUUCGUUGUCACAGUGCGACUAAUGAAAUGUAUUCGUUGGUCCACAAAAAAGAAGCAGCUCACGACGAAGGAAUAUGGAGCUGUUCAUGGACCAGUAAAGCUGAAGUAGGCCCAGAAGAAUCUGAUUAUGUAGUCACAGGUGGAAUUGAUGAUGCUGUAAAAGUUUGGGCUUGGAGAAAUGAUCAGCUAGAACUCCGUCACAGACUGGAGGGUCAUGCAUUAGGGGUAGUAUCUGUUGACACAAGCUUUGAUGGGAAAUUAAUAGCCACAAGUUCGUUAGAUUCAUUUGUUCGUAUAUGGGAACUGCAAAGUGGAGAAAAAAGGCAAACAAUAGAGGCUGGCCCAGUUGAUGUUUGGAGUGUAAUGUUCACCCCUGAUUCAAAGUACAUUAUCUCUGGUAGUCAUGCUGGAAAAAUCAAUUGGUUUAACGUAGAAACUGGCAAACUUCAUCAAUCGUAUGAUACGCGAGGAAAAUUUACUUUAAGUAUAGCGUGUAGCCCUGAUAUGAAGUUUGUUGCAAGUGGAGCAAUGGAUGGCAUAAUAAAUGUGUUUGAUAUUGCUACUGGGAAAUUAGUGCACACACUGGAAGGACAUGCACUUCCAGUGAGAUCCCUAUGCUUUUCUCAGAAUUCUCAGUUGUUAUUAACAGCUUCAGACGAUGGACAGAUCAAGAUUUAUGACGUGCAACAUGCACAACUAGCGGGAACAGUUUCCGGUCAUGGGUCAUGGGUACUCAGUGUUUCAGUCUCUUCUGAUAAUACACGCUUUGUUUCCGGAAGUUCCGAUCGCACAGUAAAAAUUUGGGAUAUGAAAGCGAAGCAAUGCCUUCAUACAUUUACUGACCAUACUGAUCAGGUAUGGAGUGUUUGCUUUAAUGGAGACGGGGAACACAUAGCAUCAGUUUCAGAUGACAGAUCGAUCAAUGUAUACAGCUGCCCAUUAUGAAAUACACGAUGUUUAUGCCUAGAA